AUGAAGAGUCUAGGGCCUCUUCGGUACUUCCUAGGACUUGAGAUCUCCGACACCUCCGACGGAUAUUAUCUCUCUCAAGCCAAGUAUGCCUCCGACCUCCUGUCUAGUGCCGGUCUCACUGACUCCAAGAUUGCCCCUACGCCUCUUGAUUCUGAUUGUCGUCUUACUCCGAUGGACGGCGUCCCCCUUGAUGAUCCUACUCUGUACCAUCAGCUGGUGGGAAGUCUGAUCUACCUGACUGUCACCCGACCGGAUAUUGCCUAUGCUGUCCAUAUCGUCAGUCAGUUUAUGUCUGCUCCUCGGACGACUCAUCAUUCUGCUAAUCUACGGAUUCUCCGAUACAUCAAAGGUACUCUCCUUCAUGGGCUUCAUUAUUCAGCUCGUUCUUCCUUGGUAUUCUCUUAUUCGGCGGGAGAUCCCUCUGAUCGCCGCUCGACCACCGGGUUUUGCUUCUUCCUUGGAAACUCGCUUAUUUCGUGGCGCAGCAAGAAACAGACGGUUGUCUCCCGGUCUAAUGAGAAUCUGAAUAUAGAGCUCUUGCUAACACCACUGCCGAGCUUCUAUGGCUUCGUUGGCUGCUGGCUGAUCUCGGAGUGCCUCAAUCCUCUGCCACUAUUAUUCAUUGCGUCAGUCAGAGCGCCAUGA